AUGGUGGAUACCAACUAUAAAAAGGCUAGAAAGUUUGAAGAUGGGCUUAAUGUGGAAAUACUCGAUCGAAUUAAUGUCUUGAAAUUACUCAAGUAUGCAGAUGUCCUUGACCGAGCAACUAUAGUCGAGGCAAAUGUUACAGUAUUGAAACAGACUAAGGCACUGCAAGUCAUUUUUCAUCCACCUGGAUUGCCUGAAUUUAUAUUUAAUGGAGUUGGUGUUGUACCUCCCCCAUACUUGAUUUCGUCUAUGAAAGCAUUCAAAUUGAUUAGAAAGGGAUGUAAAGGGUAUUUAUGUUGUAUACUGACUGUGCCUGCUGAUGCUAAAGCUAAUGUGGAAAGUAUUUCAAUAGUCAGAGAAUUCCCAGAUGUCUUUCCAGAUGAUUUUCCAAGGGAUCUGAUUGACAGGGAGAUUGAGUUCACUAUUGAGGUGAUACCGGGUAUACAACCAAUUUCCAAAGCUCCGUAUAGAAUGGCACCUACUGAAUUGAAAGAAUUGAAAAUCCAGUUGCAAGAAUUGCUGGACAAAAAGUUUAUCAGGCCCAAUACUUUACCGUGGGGCACACCAGUUUUAUUUGUGAAAAAAAAUGAUGGCUCAUUAAGGCUUUGUAUUGACUACCGUGAAUUGAAAAAGAGUAAGGAGGAACUUGAAUAUCAUUUGAGAAUUGCUUUACAGACCUUGAGAGAAUAG